CCUGGGGUUGGAUCCAAGUGAAAUGCAAUCUCCUUGGACUUGAGAAGGGGGAAGGAAGGGGAGGCUGAGUGAGUCCUCACUAUUCUCUGCCUAGCCUGGGAGAGUGAGCACAGCACAGCCUGGGACUCAGAGCUCUACUGCCUGAGUGUGAGUGACUGAAAGCUCCACUGACUGAGUGUGAGUGACUGCUCAACAAGCUGAAAGCUCCACUGCCUGAGUGUGAGUGACUGCUCAACAAGCUGAAAGCUCCACUGAGUGUGAGUGACUGCUCAACAAGCCUGGGACUGAAAGCUCCACUGAGUGUGAGUGACUGCUCAACAAGCUCUGGGACUGAAAGCUCCACUGCCUGAGUGUGAGUGGCUGCUCAAUAACCCUGAGACUGAGGGGGACUGCUCUACACUGUGUGAGUGACUGUUUUACAGCCAGGGACUAAGAGACCACUCCACAGCCUGGCUGCUCUCCUACCUGGGACUGAGUGCUCACUCCACACCUUGAGAUUGGCUGACUGUGAGUGUGGUCACUCCAUUCUCUGUGAGUGAGUGUGAGUCCUUCAGAUCCUAGCCCAUCCUGGGACUUGAUACAAAGUAACCAGCCCAGACAGCAGCUCCUCUCCCCCUCUCUCACCAUGCACAGCAGCUCUCCCUGUACAGCUGGACUCCAAGCGCGUGAGUGUGAGUGAAGCACUUUCUGGAGGAGAGUUUCCUAUUUAAUGUAUAACUUGAUGGGUCUGAAUAGCACAAGCGGAGCUCCCCAGUCCAAUGUCUCCUGCACAUGUAACUGCAAGAGGUCCUUAUUUCAGAGCAUGGAGAUCACGGAGUUGGAGUUCGUCCAGAUAAUCAUUAUUGUAGUGGUGAUGAUGGUGAUGGUUGUAGUAAUUACAUGUCUCCUAAACCACUACAAGCUUUCAGCACGGUCCUUCAUCCACAGACAUAGCCAAGGACGGAGAAGGGAGGAAAACCUAUCCUCAGAAGGAAGCUUAUGGCCCUCGGAGAGCACUGUGUCGGGAAAUGGAGUAACAGAGCAGCACAUUUACACACCAAGAGCCUCGGACCGACUCAGUGUCCCAACUUUCCUGCAAAGAGAUCGUUUCAAUCGCUUUCAGCCCACCUACCCUUAUAUGCAGCAUGAGAUAGACCUCCCACCCACCAUCUCUUUAUCCGAUGGCGAAGAGCCUCCUCCUUACCAAGGACCCUGCACCCUACAACUGCGGGAUCCCGAGCAGCAGAUGGAGUUGAACCGAGAGUCUGUUCGGGCUCCACCUAAUAGAACCAUCUUUGACAGUGACCUAAUAGACAGCUCGGUCUACGGGGGUCCUUGUCCACCAAGCAGCAACUCUGGGGUAAGCGCCACCUCCUACAGCAACAACGGGAGGAUGGAAGGGCCACCCCCAACCUAUAGUGAAGUCAUUGGUCAUUAUCCCGGAUCUUCAUUUUAUCAACACCAGCAACAAAACAUUGGCACACCAACCAUAAUGGAAAGCAACAGACUUCACUUGCAGAGUAAUGGCCUUGACAGCACAAUUGCACGGAGCAAAGAAAAAGACAAACAAAAAGGGCAGCCGUUUUAGAGGCAACAGAUGAAACGUAAUUACUUAUCAAUAAACACUCUGCACUUCUAGAUGGCCCCUUAGUUCGUCAGAAAGGCUUGCACUGCCAAGGUGUCGUGUGCCUUGUCUGACAGCAGAGGGCACCAGAGAGAGAAUUUACUAGCGGAAGUAGGGGGAAGGGGAAUUAAAGAACCAUACCCUAUUUCACCUCUUGUUGUAUAAAUAUUUACUUGUUAUGUCUGGUUUGAAUGCACAAGCAGACUGAGCUAGAAGUUUAGUUUAUUUGUCUAGCCUUGUCUUGAAAUUGAAUCCUACGAAUUGCUUUUAUGUUUUGUUUCCCGGUCUAAAAGCCGAGCUGUGUGCGUGAAUGCUUUUUCCAAUAUUCCCCCUACCCAUCCUAUAUUUGGAGGUUAUUUUAUUUUUUUUUCCCCUUUAAUAUAUCACUUAACUUUAAGGAGAAAAAUAUUUGCACAAAAUUAUUUGUUAAAAGAUCUGCAAUAUAUAUAUAUAUAUAUAUAAAUAUAAAUAUCUAUAUAUAUAAACUAAGAGGGGCGUAUGUGUGAAGGGGGAGUGUAUUUUUGUAUUAGCAGAGGCAUAUAAAAUUGGAGUUUUUGUUUGUUCUGAAACAGAAAAGAAAAAGAGCAAACGGCAAUUUUUUUUAUUUUUUUUUUUACAUUUUAUUUUAUUUUAUUUUUUUCAGUUUGAGUGCCAAUCUGGAAAGUGUGUUGUAAAAAUGUUUUAAAAAAGCAGAGGGGGGGUUAGAAUUAUUUAUAUAAAUGUUGAAAUUUUGCACUAUUUUUUGAUAUGACUAUACCAGUGCUUGUGUUAGCAAAAUGUAUCAUGUCUACCACAAAAUCUAAAAAAAAAAAAAAAAAAACGAAAAAAAAACACGAAAAUAAGAAAAAAAGGGAUAUGUUCAGCAUUAAACAUCAAAUUU